AUGGGAUAUAAAGCAAUAAAAUUAGAUGAAUUUACAUCAAAUGAAACAAUAAAUAAAGCCAUAUUAGGAUUAUCAAUAAUUAGGUUAUUUAUUUUUUUAAUAUUUUUUAUUUUAUCUCUAAACCAAACUUUAAAAGAAAUUAAAAUUGAAAAAGAGAAAUCAAAAAAAUUUUAUUUAAAAAAUGCUAGAAUUUAUUCAUAUGUCACAAUUACAUUAUUUUCUUUAAUGAGAAUGGCAAUGAUUGGAGUCUUUUUUUAUGAUAAAUCAAUUUAUAAUGGUUCAGUAUGGUCAGCUAUGAGUAUUUGGGGUACGUUAUUUCAAUACUUACUUUGGGUAUCAAUUGCAGGAUAUUGGAUGUCAUUAUUAUAUUCUUUUUUUUUAAGUAAGAAUGUUGUAGCUAAAAAUAUAAAUGCUGCUUGGAAUGCUACAUAUUUAAUUGGAUUAGUUUUAAUAAUUUGGACUAUUUCACAAACUAUUUGUAAUUUUUAUUAUGUUAAAUUAAUGAAUUUAAUUUAUGGUCCUGUUCAAGUUGUAAUUAUUAGUGGUAUUGGUACAUUUUAUAUAAUAAAUGGUUUUAUAUUAGUAAGAGGUAUGAAAAGUCAUGAAAUGAAUGGUAGUAAAAUUGAAAAGUUAAAAGAACAAUAUAAAAGGGUUAUUAGAUUAUGUAUUUUAUUAUUUUUAUUUGUUAUUUUGGCACUUGUAUUAUAUUUAAUACAAUAUCAAAUUUUAAAACUUGAAGACUAUGAUAAAGAGAAUUAUAUAUUUUAUAUGUUUGUUUGUUUUUUAGAAUUCUCUCAACUAUUAAUUAUUAUGUAUUCUUUGGGUGGUGAUAGUUUUAAAAAUUAUUUUAUAUUAUAUUCAUUCAGUCCAAUUCAAACAAAAAAUGUAAAUUAUGGAAUUAGUUCAAAUAUCUCUACAGCAUCAUCAACAUCUUCUUCUUCAAAAAAUGAAAUUGAAUUAAAAGUAAAUGAUUAA